GGAGGAUGUGCUUAAACCUCCAACCAUCCGCCGUCACACAUCUUUACAGUUAUUCCUUACUCCGACCGCAGCAGGACACGCAGACGCAGACGGCACUUCCGCCAACAGCCAUACCGACGACGCAUCUUCCCUUGCGCUGCGCUGCCGACAUCGCUGCUUUCGUCCCAAGUCGGCAUCUCGUCCUUCCCCAGCUGUAGUCAACACCUGCGGAUCGCACCUUCUUCUCCGCAAUGGCUUCACCACGCGAUCGAGUGGCCAAGAUGUCGCGCGCAUCCACCACCAGUUAUGGUCAGGUGAUCGAGUACAUCCAAGACAGACUCUACCUGGCAUCCUACACAAGUCCGCCCGAUGCGAACACUCCGUUCCCGUACCCCAAGCAGAGCCAAUCGCCCUCCAAGCGAUCGUCGCGCGCGCAAGUAGGUCCUACUGCCGCAGGCCCCAAGGCGCACCCUCCGGUCUACUUUAGUAUCGACAAGACGCUCCUAUACAACGCCUUUCACGGCGACUUUGGCCCACUGCACAUUGGCCACCUCUACCGGUUCGCGGUACAGCUGCACGAGGUUCUCGGCGACCCAACCAACGAGGACCGCGCCGUCGUCUUCUGGAGCAGCGCCGACUCGAGGAGUCGCGCAAACGCUGCCUGCAUUCUCGCAUGCUACAUGGUGCUCAUCCAGUCAUGGCCACCUCACCUUGCUCUGGCGCCCAUUGCCCAGAUGGACCCGCCAUGCAUGCCCUUCCGCGACGCCGGCUACAGCCAGGCCGACUAUGUUCUGAACAUCCAGGACGUCAUCUACGGUGUAUGGAAGGCCAAGGAAGAGGGCCUCUGCGGUCUCAAGGACUUCAGCCUCGAGGAGUACGAGAAGUUUGAGCGCGUAGACAUGGGCGACUUCAACUGGGUCACCCCCAACUUCCUCGCCUUUGCCUCUCCCCAGCAACAACCCACACACGAGAUCCCAACCUCAUCACCGAUGUACGCAACACUUCCCUCUAACAUCGCCGAGAUCCAGCGAUCUGGACUUCCUGGUCCCUUCAAGAACGUCCUCUCGCACUUUUGCGCGCGCAACGUUGGACUCGUCGUACGACUCAACUCGGAACUGUACUCCUCUUCAUACUUCACCAAGCUCGGCAUCCAGCAUCUGAACAUGAUCUUCGACGACGGAACAUGUCCACCGCUGUCCCUCGUACGCAAGUUUGUCAACCUCGCACACGAGAUGAUCACAGUACAGAAGCGCGGUAUCGCAGUCCACUGCAAAGCUGGACUGGGACGAACUGGCUGCUUGAUCGGCGCAUACCUGAUCUACAAGCACGGCUUCACCGCCAACGAGAUUAUCGCAUACAUGCGCUUCAUGCGCCCGGGCAUGGUAGUCGGUCCCCAACAGCACUGGCUGCACCUAAACCAGGGUACUUUCCGGGAAUGGUGGUACGAGGACCAGUUCAAGGCAAAGUACGCGCAGACCGUGCCAUCAACGCCUACAAAGUCACCGCACAAGCAGCGCCUCGCUAGCAACGGGCAAACCUUCACACCGCCCAACGGAUCGUCCAAGCGCGCCGCGCUCGGCGAGAUUGAGUCGAACGAGCGAAGCAACUCGGGCCACAUUGGCGUGUUAGAGGACAACCUGCCUGCGCCUACACCUGGACAACCGCGAAAGACUAGCAAGCUCUACGGCAACGGCUCGCGGUCACCACAACGCAUCGACGAGAACGAGCCCUUCACCAGGUCGCACACAGAGGUCAGGGCAGACAUCACACGUUUCGACGGCGAGUCGGACGAGGAGUUCCACCUCCGCCAGAUCGCGCGACGCACAUCAUCGCGCUCUCCUCAGCGCUCGCCAACCCUCAAGGACAAGCAGCGUCGCGCAUUCAGCACCACGUCCGUCGUUCAAACGUCAGUAACCCACACCUCUUUCGGCUUCGGUGAGGAGAGUGAUCUCGAGAACGCUGCGCCAGCUGGCAUACGGCCAAAGACACCAAAGGAGAAGAGCGGCAGUGGCAGCAUCAACAUGGGCAAGAUCCGAUCGAGUCCCUCACGCCGAAGCACCGACGGCAAGUCUGCUGUACGGAAAACCAGCGGUCGUGUUGGAAGCAUGGGCAAUGCCAUCUCCCGCCCAAAGUCAUGAGCAUCGUCACUGGAUUUUGCGUUUCUAAUCCCGCAUCUUCAUUACGGGAGUUCUAGCACGGCGUCUUGGGACACGACCUUCAUCGUCACUUCGUUUCUUGUCUCAGUCAAUUCUUCGUCGAACAGCAGCAUGCCAUCGGGCUCGGCGCUACACACAUGUCGUCUGCGGGCGGGCGUUUUUGGAUCACUUAAAGAGUGCAUAACGGAAUUGGGUCAUCAUUCUAGGAGUUUACUUGGGGGGCGCAUGGCGGUGUGCUAAUGUCUCUUUCUACUGUCUCAUUACCCAGUCACUUGUUGCUGCAUCUUUACUUUAGUCUUGUCCCUUUUCGCGGUAAUCUGGCUGCGGAUAUGUUCAUGACGUGUAUGAGUUGAUGACUACUUCUAAUUGUCCAAAAACAAUGGCAUGUUCUUCUCAAUC